GCCCAGGCCGAGUCAGUGUCAGUCAGGGAGGCGGACUGCUGAGCAGUGGGUGCGAACACUGCGUUGCAGUCUCGCCCAGGGGCCGGUGCCUGCGCUCGCGCCGCCGGGUGGGAAGGAUGAAGCCGCAGCUGGAGCAGCCACCCUAUGAUUGGCUGGGGCACUUGUGAACCCGAAGUAAAGAUGGCGGGCGGGCAGGCAGCCGCCGCACUGCCCACUUGGAAGAUGGCGGCGCGCCGCAGCCUCAGCGCUCGCGGCCGGGGGGUCCUGCAGGCGGCGGCUGGACGGCUGUUGCCGCUGCUUCUGCUGAGCUGCUGCUGCGGCGCGGGCGGCUGCGCAGCGGCGGGCGAGAACGAGGAGACUGUGAUCAUCGGGUUGCGGCUGGAGGACACGAACGACGUGUCGUUCAUGGAAGGGGGGGCGCUGCGGGUGAGCGAGCGGACCCGGGUCAAGCUGCGGGUGUACGGGCAGAACAUCAACAACGAGACAUGGUCCCGCAUUGCUUUCACAGAGCAUGAGCGGCGGCGCCACAGCCCGGGCGAGCGCGGGCUGGGGGGCCCUGCGCCGCCGGAGCCGGACAGCGGCCCCCAGCGCUGCGGCAUCCGCACAUCAGAUAUCAUCAUCUUGCCCCAUAUCAUUCUCAAUCGCCGUACAUCAGGCAUCAUUGAGAUCGAGAUCAAACCGCUGCGCAAGAUGGAGAAGAGCAAGUCCUAUUACCUGUGCACGUCGCUCUCCACGCCAGCCUUGGGCGCCGGCGGCCCGGGGUCUGCGGGUGGCGCCGUCGGGGGCAAGGGCGGCUCCGCGGUGGCCGGGCUCCCGCCGCCCCCGUGGGCCGAGACCACCUGGAUUUAUCACGACGGCGAGGACACCAAGAUGAUCGUGGGGGAGGAGAAGAAGUUCCUGCUGCCUUUCUGGCUGCAGGUGAUCUUCAUUUCGCUGCUUCUGUGCCUAUCGGGCAUGUUCAGCGGCCUCAACCUGGGACUCAUGGCCCUGGACCCGAUGGAGCUGCGCAUCGUGCAGAACUGCGGCACGGAGAAGGAGAAGAAUUACGCCAAGCGCAUCGAGCCCGUGCGCAGGCAGGGCAACUACCUGCUGUGCUCGCUGCUGCUGGGCAACGUGCUGGUCAACACCACGCUCACCAUCCUGCUCGACGACAUAGCUGGCUCAGGCCUCGUGGCGGUGGUGGUCUCCACCAUCGGCAUCGUCAUCUUCGGGGAGAUCGUGCCCCAGGCCAUCUGCUCCCGGCACGGCCUGGCUGUGGGGGCCAACACCAUCUUCCUCACCAAGUUUUUCAUGAUGAUGACCUUCCCCGCCUCUUACCCCGUAAGCAAGCUGCUGGACUGCGUCUUGGGCCAGGAGAUAGGCACCGUCUAUAACCGGGAAAAACUCCUGGAGAUGCUCCGGGUCACAGACCCCUACAACGACCUCGUAAAGGAGGAGCUGAACAUCAUCCAAGGGGCGCUGGAGCUCCGCACCAAGACCGUGGAGGACGUGAUGACUCCCCUCCGGGACUGUUUCAUGAUCACCGGCGAAGCUAUUCUGGACUUCAACACCAUGUCGGAGAUCAUGGAGAGCGGCUACACUCGGAUUCCAGUAUUUGAGGGGGAGCGCUCCAACAUCGUGGACCUCCUCUUUGUCAAAGACUUGGCCUUCGUGGAUCCAGAUGACUGUACUCCCCUGAAAACCAUCACUAAAUUUUAUAACCACCCCUUGCACUUUGUUUUCAAUGACACCAAGUUGGACGCUAUGCUGGAAGAAUUUAAGAAAGGUAAAUCUCACCUGGCUAUUGUGCAGCGAGUAAACAAUGAGGGAGAGGGGGAUCCAUUUUAUGAAGUUCUGGGAAUUGUCACAUUAGAGGAUGUGAUUGAAGAAAUCAUCAAAUCUGAGAUUCUAGAUGAAACAGAUUUAUACACUGAUAACAGAACGAAAAAGAAAGUGGCCCAUCGAGAAAGAAAGCAAGAUUUUUCUGCCUUUAAGCAGACAGACAGCGAGAUGAAGGUUAAAAUAUCACCACAGCUUCUCCUGGCCAUGCACCGUUUCCUAGCAACAGAAGUAGAAGCAUUUAGCCCAUCCCAGAUGUCAGAGAAGAUCCUUCUAAGGCUGCUAAAGCACCCCAAUGUCAUCCAGGAACUGAAGUAUGAUGAGAAGAACAAGAAAGCCCCAGAAUACUACCUCUACCAGCGAAACAAACCUGUAGACUACUUCGUUCUCAUUUUGCAGGGGAAAGUGGAAGUAGAAGCUGGGAAAGAAGGUAUGAAGUUUGAAGCCAGUGCUUUUUCAUACUAUGGUGUAAUGGCCCUUACAGCCUCCCCAGUUCCUUUGUCCCUGUCUCGUACCUUUGUUGUCAGCAGAACAGAGUUGUUAGCAGCAGGUUCUCCAGGUGAAAACAAGUCACCUCCUCGCCCAUGCGGCUUGAAUCACUCGGACUCUCUCAGUCGCGGUGACCGGAUCGAUGCGAUAACGCCGACGUUGGGGAGCAGCAACAAUCAGCUCAGCUCUUCAUUCCUCCAAGUCUACAUCCCUGACUACUCGGUGCGAGCCCUCUCCGAUCUCCAGUUUGUUAAGAUCUCAAGACAGCAAUACCAAAAUGCCUUGAUGGCAUCCCGGAUGGACAAAACUCCUCAGUCUUCAGACAGUGAAAACACUAAAAUUGAAUUGACUCUUACGGAGCUGCACGACGGGUUGCCAGACGAGACGGCCAACCUGCUCAAUGAACAGAACUGUGUGACGCACAGCAAGGCCAACCACAGCCUGCACAGCGAAGGCGCCAUCUAGAGCACCGGCCUCGGCCUCCGCGUCUGACCGUGAAUCCCAUUAGUGUGCGCUUGUGUGCCAUGCUGCAUCCUGCACCAUCCUGAGACCAAAGACUUUGUCCCCUUCCUGGAAGCAGCAGAGGAGGCCGGGGAGGGCAGGAAUGGAAACGAGACGUGAAAUCGACAGCCAGGGCGUGGCAUUCGAGAUUAUGGAGAUGAAUUUCUUCCGCCCAAAUAGAAUCAUGUUUAUUUUUUCAGCUGUACCUUUUAUCAUUAUCCACUCUCCUCCUCCCUCAAUUUGCAUGAAGUUGAAAAUUGUUGCGAUUUAUUUUUUUCCGAGAGAUCAUGUUUUUAAAAAGUGUCUUUUGCAGAGUUUAAAUUGUUCUGUCUGAACUCUGCUGUGACCCCAUGAUGUAACCUUAGAAGGAUGGACUUGUCCCUCCAGUGGCCUUCCUUGGCCCCCGCCCCAGGGAGGGGCACCCUUCCUCUGUGCCCCAGUGGGUGUCGCUGUCGAACUUCAAGGAUGAAUGACACAGACCUGCCCAGGCUGUUGGCCCUGCAGGGUGGAGCCUGCACAGGGACCCGCAGCCUCUCUGAGCUCAGUGUUGUUUUAAGUUAAUGUUUAAUGGUGUCCCUUUCCCUCAGAAAGGUUUAACAUUUGCUUGGAAUGUGAUUUUGCUCCCACUCUAAGGAAUUUUUAUCACCAAAAUGAAUGUUAAUGAAUUUUAAACCUAUGGUUUAUCUUUGCAAGAGGCGAGGUGGCUUCACCCCAACAUUCCCACAGCCUGGGAUCUCCAGCUCAGCCAGGCCUCUUCCGCCCCAGCUUACAGAGCGCCGUCACCCACCGCCCCGUCCUUGCUCUUGUUAACCCAAGAUGCUGCUACACAGAUGCCAAAUGGAAAUCUUCCACAGGGCCCUCGAGUAAACUCGUGGUGUGGAGUCCACGCUCCUGCCCUUCCCACUGGGAUGUAUGUCAUUGUCAGAAAAGGAGUCAGACCUUCCAGCUGUGCUCUGUGCGCCCUGCCGAGAAGGCACAUCUAGACCCAUGUGUCUAAAGGAGGGAACACUGGGGACUGCCGGCACCUGCCCCCUUCCCCUCUGUCCCUGGGCCCGUGGGGCCCAGCAGUGGCUGUGUCCCCGCCUGAGGACCUCUGUGUCUCCCGCCUCAGACGUGGCCCACGCCAGAGAGGCUGCCCGUACAGCCAGGGUCAGUUUGGCCCCAAACAGGGAUUCAGAAACCAAAUGUGUGUUGUGGCCAUUUCAUGUG